CAUACAGAGUGCAGGUGCGGUGGUUUCAUUGCUGCUGCUGCUGCUGCUGCUGCUGCUACGCGUCACUGUUCUGCUCACAAAGCGCAGCUCUGAUAUCCAACUUGACCUGACCCGGUGUAAUCCCCCAAAGUCAUUUUUGCUUUGCUCGACAAGGACUCGAGGCCGAUCACUUCAUCUCCGUCCGUCGUCUCGCAGCGCUCAUCCGCUCGCGCGACAGCAGCAGCCGCCACAGCCACAGCGCGCUGUCCAAAAAACCGGAGCAUUAGGAUACGUUAAUGUUGCGGUGAGGAAAGCAUUGUGGGAGGACUCUGUGCAUGGCAAGCUGCUCACUGGAAGGUAGAGAGGCGAAUAAAAUCGCGAGGAGAAGCUCACGCACGACUCCAGCUCCACGGAAUCCCGACUUGUUUACCCUGUACCGGGCACAGAGGAGCACCGUUGCGCAGUCUUUACGCACAACCAAAGAGCGGACUUGGGGGGGCGUUUGUCUGUCACCACCAUGUCAGCCGCAACAGCUUCAAUAGCAGAUGUGUCCAGGACUGAUUUUACUAACCAAGAUGACCGGAAUAAGUCAGCUCAGAACCAGGCUCAGUGCACACCUGUGCCCCUGCCAGCACUGGGCACCCAGAGGAUCAUCCAGGGCAACGGCACAACUGUUGGGACAGUCAUUUCCCUGCAGUGCCCAGCCAAACACAAACUGGUUGGACGUGAGCUGAUCUGCGUCAUGGACACCAACAGCACCCACUGGGUGGGGGAGACCUACUGUAAACCUCUGACACCUAUUGAGGACUAUGGUUUCCGUGUGGCGGUGCUGGCGUCCAUUGUAAGCUCGGCCAUAAUCUUCUUCAUGUCCGUGGCCUUCAUCACCUGCUGUUUGCUUGACUGCAUCAAAGAGGACAAAAGGAAAAGGCAUGAAAGGGAGUCUGAAAUGUGGCAGUGGGAGGAGCAGGCCCAACAUCAGGAGGACAACAGGUCUCGUUACGGCCAUAAAGGCAGGAACAACAACAACAACAACAACAGCCAGGACAAGGUACUCUCACUGUGGGACACCGGUAACCCAGCUGUGUGUGACAGCAUGCGAGCCUGCAGAUGUCAUCAGCAGUACGCUUAUGGUCCUGCCUGCACAUAUGGCCCCACUCCCCCACUCUCCACUCUCCCUGGCUACGACUACAGCCAGCCUCUCUUACCCCGAAACCCAGAUUCUGCACAGCUCCCCGGUACACCUGAAUACCUCGGACCUCCUCAGUCACACUGUCAAACUGCAAGCCCAGGCCUGGUCCAGCUCUCAGCGGUGGGGCCUGGUGUGGCGAGGCAGUACGGAAGACAGCAGAGCACUUUCUGUGGAGCGAAGCCAUCGACCACAGACGAGUCCAACACGAGAAAUAUAAAUGCUGCCAAAGAAUUUUCCAUUCGGAUUAUAUCAGUGUGAGGACACAUUACACAGGAGGUGAACGCCAUCAGUCAAGAACUUGUUUACUGACCAAAUAUGUUGGUGUGUGUGACGAGGACUACGAGAAGUAGUAACUGAACAUUCCUGAUCUUGUUGAAAUUAUAAUGCAGUUCUGCACAGUAUGAAGGCUCUGUAGGCAUACUGAUGAGACAGACUUUUGUGCCUUCUGUAAACUGCAAUGGCAUACUGCCCUCUGUCUGAAACGGGGAGCUAUUGCACUUUCAGGACACCAGCCUUGACAGAUGACACUCCCUGUAUGUAGAACUCGGGACUUUCAUGCCCUCGAUUGAGCUUUUCAGAAAUAUUGUUUUGUAAGAAUUAAAGGUACAGUAGGUGACUUAUAGGAAAAUAACUUUUUGUCAUAUUUUCUGAAACUGUCAUGUCCCGACAGUCGUACAUGAGACAGACAAUCUGUGGAAACAUCAGUCCUUCUAAUGGCAUUUGCAAGAGUCCACCACCGUGAACCAAAACAACCAAUCAGAGCCAGGAGGAGUCUCUGACACUCCCUGUUCACCCCCCCUCUCCUGCACAUACUUCAAACUCUUCAGUGCACAGCUUCACUUUUAGAUUCGGUUUUUAAAUCCUUUGGGCUCCUGCAGCUCUCUCCAGCUUGAAAAAGUCCACAGAUGUUUACUGUGAAACAUCUGUUUUAUCUCCGACUCGAUUUAAGUCCGAAUCCCACACUUCUUCUUUUUACUUUUUACUGCAGCUGCCCUUAAAGAGUACAUACUGUUCCAUGCAGUAUGCACACAGCUGGGACAUACUACUCUUUCAUAAGCUAACAUUACACCCUGAACACCCUCUUUCUCAUAGAUCUGUUACCAUGGUGAUGAAACGGCACGCCGUUCACUGAGCUUGCCAGAGAUGGAGGUCAAGCCGGGGUGCUCUGCUGCUGUUACUUUGCGAUGUAUGUAGUUCUAACUUUUAAGAUAUAACUGCAUACAUUGUAGAUUCUCACAUAUUAUAAUCACAACAGUAAAAUUACGCAUUUCUCUGUCGUAAUUUUCAUAGUUAUGUCCUUUUGUUGUUGGUAAAUUAAUCUCUAGGAUUAUUUUGUUCACUUAAACAAUUAAUAGUAAUAUAUAAUAAUAUAAUUACUAUUCGACUGGUCAUCAGUUAUGCGCUGUCUUUUGUCAUUGUGGCUUCUGACAGCUGUCAAUCGCAACAUGUGACCGGUUGUAGUAUGAUGUCCUGGUAUUUUUGGCAAAGGGAACAUAUUUUAUUUUACAAAUUAUUAUUUAAAAGUUUUUUGUUUUGUUUGUUUACAAAAAAUUAAAUAAAAGUUAUUCUCUAUAAAAGUCACCUACUGUACCUUUAAGCUGUUUAUUGGGACAUAGUUCACAACACAUUAUAGGCAGCUGAGGCAGUUGUCUGAGACUCAUUUUAGACUGGAAAGUCCACAUUGAUAGAUGAUGGAAAGCACCAGUCAGUAUGUAAAUAUCAGUUUUUAAAGAAUGUAAAUAAAUUAAAGACUUCCACUGAUAAGGAGUGAGACUGUGUAUUGCAGUGGAACAAGUGCAGCUGUGUACAUUUCUCCAAGAGCGACCAAUGCAAAUGUUUACAAGCCAACAUGAUAAGGCAGCAGCAGUGUGUGAUGAUGUAGCUUACACACAGAGAAACUUUAAACAUGGUGAAGAAUGUAUUUUUGACAAGAGAAUGGCAACUAAGUAGCCUACUAUUAUUAAACUUAUUAUUAUUAUUGAUAUUAUAUGAGUAUAAAUGGAUGAAGGGAAUAAAAUAAAGUGAUGAG